GGUGAACUUCUCAUGCAAGCUGUCGAAAGUCCGCAGACUGAAGCGAGCUUACAAUGGCACAAACCAUGAGAGCUGCGCAAUAUCACAAGGAAAGUGGCAAGGUGCUCAUUCGACGAAUACCAAUACCCGAGCCUGAAGAUGGCCAAUUCCAAGUCAAAAUCGUGGCCGCAUCGCUUUGCCACUCGGAUCUCAUGAUGGACCAGCGACCUGACAGUUUGAAACACCAACCGCUUACGAUAGGCCACGAGGGUGUUGGGAUCAUCUCAAAGAUUCAUCCUUCUGCUGAAAACAAGGGCUUCAAGGUUGGCGAUAAGGUCGGCAUGCUUACCAUCAUAGACUCUUGCUUUGCUUGCGAAGGCUGUGUGGUGCACGCUACCUUUUGCACUGCAGCCAAGAACGGUGGACCGAAGAUUCAAGGACUCCAGGCUGAUGGCGUGUUCGCGGAUUAUGCGGUGACCGAUUGGCAGAAUUGCAUUCACUUGCCCGAGAACCUGCCAAUAGAGAGAGCUAGCCCGCUGUUCUGCGCAGGUAUUACAGCUUUCCACGCCGUCAACAAGUGCGAGUUACAGCCAGGUCAGUGGCUAGCAGUCGUGGGCUGUGGAGGGCUUGGACAGCUUGCCAUUCAGUACGGAAAGGCAAUGGGUCUGAAGGUGAUUGGCCUGGACAUCAACGACCAUAUGCUGGAGACAGCUACCAAGAACGGGGCGAAUGCGACAUAUAAUCCGCGCAAAGAUCCGAAAUUCUUCAAAGCCAUCAGGAAGCUUACCGGUAUUCGCGGCUGCCACGCGGCGGCUGUCUUCAGUGAUUCAAAUGCUGCAUAUGCUACAGGUAUCAGAAGUCUGACCUUCAACGGACUACUGAUGGUAGUAGGAAUGCCGGACAAGCCUCUCGAACUUCCUGCAUUUGCUGUCUCGACGAAUUUGUAUCGCGUAAAGGGCGCAAGCAAUGGAACGGCGGCGGAGUUGAAGGUGGCUGUUGAUUUCACUGCCCGGCAUGGCAUCAUCCCGAAUUGCGAGUUUCGAGCAUUGGAUGAGAUGCCUCAAAUGUGGGAAGAGAUGGCACAGGGCAAAGCGAAGAGAAAGCUGGUAGUUUUGUUUGCUAACGAGAAGUCCAAAAUGUGAUCCAUUUCGACUCCUCAGAAACGUUCCUUCUGUAGCAAGAUGUUAACAGUAGAUUUUCAAUUCGGUUGUGUCUCGAGCCAUAUAUUUGAUGUCGUUGCUGCUGGCUCAAUUGAAUGAACUGCUGGAAUAUCGACCAUCAUCGCUAAUAAAGCGCGUUUCGUUUUGGGAGAGAACGAGAACAAAUUG